CUGCUGUCGGCUGGCCACCACCAGACUUGGGGACCUCUGGCCGCGUUCCUGACCUGCAGCCUGACUGGCCGGGACCAUGGGGUGCUGCCCAGGCGAGUGCUUCGGCUGCUGCCCUCAAGAACAAGACUGCUGUGAAGUGUGCUGCUGCCAGCCCGCCUGCUGUGGCUGCUGCGGGUCCUGCUGCGGGUCCUGUUGCGGCUGCGGCGGCUCGGGCUGCGGGAACGGCUGCUGUGGAUCUUCCUGCUGCGGCUCGGGCUCCGGCUGCGGCUCAGGCUGCGGGGGCUGCUGCGGGAGCUGCUGCGGCUCCGGUUGCUGCGGCUCCUCUGGGUGCUGCGGCCCUGUUUGCUGCCAGCCCACACCUGUCUGCGACACGAAAUGAAGUCCUUUCCCCCCACCACUGAGGCAGUCCGGGUGAAAGCCUCCGUCUGCUCCAGGUGGAGACCACUUGUCUCCAGCACCUUCCUCGCCCCCAAGACAGUGUCCAGCCUUGGGUGUUAUUUGUAGAGGAGGCCUUGUUCUCCAGUGUCUGCCCUGGUGUGUCGAGGCACUGAGAACAAGAACCAUGCUGGUGAGGAAUUAGAACUGAGUCUCAGCCAAAGUGAUCCCAGCAGCUCAAAGGGUGAAUCCCCGUGACUUUAUUUUCAUGAAGCUGGAUGUCUGGUCACUAUAAGGCAUCCUCUUAUUCAAGAUGUCUUUGGGACUGAGCCCUCCCCUCCAGCUGUCUGCUGCUUUUGAGAUGCAAAAUUCCUCUUUAUUCACUUCCUAAUAAAUUCGAGCAUGCUGCCUAACCAAAUUAGUUCUCCGGCCUCUUCCUUCAGCUCCCUCUUGGGCACUGGGCCAGGAACACUUACUCUGGCAUCUACAAUAGGGCUUUGGAAAUGUGAUUUGUGGAUCACGUGCAUCAGAAUCACCUGGGGGCUGGUUAAAGUGGAGAUUCUGGAGCCCUCCCUGAGACACGCAGAAUCGGAAUCCACACAGGUGUGGCCUGGCAACCUGUGCCUUCAAGAAGCUCAGGUAAUUCUUAUGCACUGAAGUUUGAAGAUCAUAGAUGUGGACCAAAUCUUCCACGUGCUGCCAUGAGAUUCACCUGGAGAGGCUUUUAAAAAUCCAGAUCCCUGGGCUUGGCUGCUGGAGAUUUUACCCAUUAGCUCUGGAGUGGGGCCCUGGGACCUGCAUUUUUGAAAGCUCUCGGGUUAAUGCUGAUGCUGGCCGAGUCUAACCUUUAGCGAGGGGCGUGGCUUCCUUCUGCAUUCUCCUAGGACGGUCCUGCAGGAGGGCUUCAGGUUGGAGGAGAACUUUCUGGCAAAGCCCAGGGGAAGAGGCUUUGAUAAAACAAGCUUGGUUCUGAAUGGAAGGGAUUCCUGUUUCAAAACUUGGAGAACACACAGCUUCUAAGAAGGUUCUGGGAAAUUCGGUUCCUUCCUCCAGCCUCAUGCUUCGGCGAAGUCUCCUGUUUCUGGGUUAGGUUUUCUUGUCCUGGUAGAAAUACCAGCUGUAUUUCUUCUGGUUGAGUUCCAGCAAUGAGAGAAGCGAGUGUACAUCUGUUAGGUGGGGCCUGGCCCCAGGUGUGUGUGGAUCCCUCUGGAAGGUUAAGAUUCAAAAGAUAGUUGAUUCAGUCUCUUGCUGAACCUGAUCUUGAGCUGCAUGUGGAAUAAAACUAAUUCUGCUCUUGCCCUGGCAGAACAAUAUUUAUUUUUAUUCCUACAAGGCAAUGUUUCAUUCAACAAACAAAAAUAUCUUUUCUGAUUAU